GCCUAGGAGAAGUUUUGUUUACUUCCGGGUUGUCAGAGUCGAAAACAAGAGGGGCACCAACACGCCCACGACACCGAGCAAAGCGGAUUAAAGUCCCGCAGAGAUGGCAGGGGAGGCUGAGGACGAGAUACCAGAAUCAGGAGCGGUUUUCACUUUUGGAAAGAGCAAAUUUGCCGACAACGUCCCCAGUAAAUUCUGGCUUAAAAAUGACGUCCCCUUAAAAAUAGCCUGUGGGGACGAGCAUACCGCCUUAAUAACAGAAAAUGGGAAGCUCUUCAUGUUUGGCAGCAACAACUGGGGCCAGCUCGGUCUGGGAUCCAAAGUGAUCGUGAACAAGCCUACUUGUGUCAAAGCUCUUAAAUCUGAGAAAGUUCAGUUUGUGGCCUGUGGAAGAAACCACACCCUCAUCUGCACAGCUCGGGGAAAGGUGUUCGCCGCAGGUGGGAACAGUGAGGGUCAGCUGGGGCUCGGCGACUGUGAGGAGAGGACGGCCUUCCGGAGGAUCGAGAGCUUCGAUUCACGUGGACCAAUCAAAAUGCUCGCUGCUGGUUCGAACACCUCUGCCGCUCUCACAGAGAGUGGUAAACUGUUCAUGUGGGGCGACAACACGGAGGGUCAGAUCGGUUUGGGGAAGGAGAGCCACGCCUCCUCGCCACAGGAAGUCAGCGUGGGACGACCAAUCAGCUGGGUGUCCUGUGGAUACUACCACUCUGCCUUAGUGACAGUUGACGGAGCUCUGUACACGUUUGGCGAGAGUGACAGCGGUAAACUGGGACUGGGCACCGACCAGCUGCCCCGACACCGAGUCCCUCAGCAGGUGAAGAGCAUCAAGGAGCCGGUGAUACAGGUGGCCUGCGGAGGUGGACACACGGUGGCGCUAACAGAGGAUGACGUGUACACAUUCGGUCUCGGUCAGUUCGGACAGCUCGGUCACGGGACGUUCACCUUCGAGUCGCGGCUGCCGCGGCCCAUCGAGCACUUCAAAAAGGGACGAGUCUGUCAGGUGGCCUGCGGAGAAAACCACACCGCCGUCAUCACAGACGGCGGUUUGCUGUACACGUUUGGAGACGGCAGACAUGGGAAACUGGGCCUGGGAGAAGAAAACUUUACCAACCAGUUUAAACCAACUCUGUGUCCGCGCUUCCUCAAGUACAACGUUCAGGCAACGACGUGCGGCGGCUGCCACAUGGUGGUGUUGGCUCGGCCGAGGGAUCAGAGCUGCGGUGAUGUGACUCUGGAGGAGGACGACGUCACAGAAGAUUACCUGGAGAAGCCGUACGUGGAGCUGCUGGGGGACGCGGCCGACUCCUCCACCCUGCAGAGGAGCCUCUCCGCUCGGGUUCGCAGGAGGGAGAGGGAGAGAUCUCCGGACCAGUUCGGCGCCAUGUUCCGCACGCUGCCCGCCAUGAUGCCCGGCUACCUCCACCCGCCGCUGCCUGUCUCCAGCCAGACCAUCCCGCCCAGGCUGCCUCCACCUGAGCUGACCCACAGAAAGGUGCUCAACGGCACUCACCAACACGGGAGCGCAGGCUCAAACCACCAGGAGCAGACAGGGGGCGAGACAGACAGCGUUGUGGAGAGCCUGACCGACACCGACAGCGUUAAAGGCCUGGGAGAAACCACAGACUUCCUCAACAUGACACACGUGAUGAAGAUGGACCCCAGUGAUAAAACACUCACUCUGUCUCCAGUUCAGAAGAGGAAGGGUAAGCAUGGUAAGACCAAUAAAGGGCAGAAAGAGAACCAAAAAAGUGGGGGAAAGCUCUUGAAGCAGAGCAGUUUCUCUUCGACUUCCCCGUCUCAGAAGAGCGAGACUGUCUCUCCUCGCCGGGCGUUACCCACCGAGCUUCUGAGGGGCCACAGCGCCCGCUCUCUGGCCUCUCAGAGCUCACAGAGACAGAAAACAACCAACCAGAACAAAGAGAAUCUGAUCAUGGCCGUGGAGGAGCUGCAGAGGAAACCCAGUAAAAACAAACCUCCGAGCGUAGGGGACAUUAGGAAGGCAUCGUCUAAGCAGCAGCUCAGGCCAGUUCAGGGAAAAAGUCAGCUGAUAGAGGUUGGCAGAAAACGGGUACCAGACUCUAAACAAAGUCCUGAAACCAGAAAGACAGUUUCAGGUGUCUGCUCUGAAUCUGUACUGGCGAAAGUUAAGCAAGUGCAGCCUAAACCUGUCAGUGUUAAAAGCAAACCAAUAGCCAUGCAACGUCAACAUGCAGGAGUUAGCUCGCCAGCUAAACGCAGUGACACAGACUCACCUGGGUUUCAUCUGAGCAGUGCCUUGGAUGAAGAGAGCUUAGAUAGCUCUCGACUGCUCUCUGGGGUGAAAAAAAACUCAAAACCUAAAGGGAACACAGAUGUUUCUAAAAAGUCUAAGAACGAGAAAAACAAAAAAGAGGCUCAGUCAAAAAAAGAGUCCAAACUUGCAAAAGAAACAUCAAAAGAGGCGUCAAAUCUCAGCCUGCUUGCUGGAGCUGCCUCUCUUGCAGCAGGAUCGGUGUUAAUGCAUGAGGUGGCGUCCAGAAGCCGUUUUAGCUCGCCGUCGCCAUCCCCAUCCGAAAGCAGCCGCGGUGUCCUGAAAGACAGCAUGACAAAAUCACGAAGCGAGGAAUCAGAAUCCUACGCUGCCGAUUUAAGUAAAAAAUCCGCAGUCAGCAUCAAUAUCAUACCUGCACCAGAGAGUCCUGAAGUCAGUAUGAGUCAGGACGAGAAGGAAACGAGUCAGGAUGAAGGUGAGGAGGAGAGUGAGGAGCAGGACUCUGCGAUGGUCAAACAGGAGGAGGAAGAUGGAGAUGAGGAAGGGAUGAGAACGAGUGCAGAAGUAAGCGAGGAAGAGGAGGAGGAGGAUGUCAGUCACAGUAUCGAGAAAGUAACAGAAGAAGAAGAUGACAAAGACAGCAACACUCUUCAACCAGAGGAUGAGUUGGAAACUGAUGUAGGCGAGGAGGGAAGCAGGGAUGAGGAGGAAGAUGAGAGCAGUGCUGAGGAAGAGGAGGAAAAGGAGGAGGAAGAGGAAGCAAGCGGGACAGCAGGAAGUGAAAGUGAAGAUGAGACUGAAGAGAAAGACAGCAAAGGAGGUGAUGUAGGAGAGGUGGAAGAGGAGGAGGAGGAGGAAAGCGAGGAAGGGUCGAGUCACGAGACAGAGAGCAAAGGAGGAGAGUCUAAAAAUGAGGAGGAAGGUGAGGAAGAAGAGGGGGAUUUGGAAAGCAAGGAUGAAGAAGAGGAGGGUGAAAGUGAGUCUUUAAAGUCUUUGGAGGAGAGAGAAGAAAGUGAUGUAGAGAGUGAGACAGAGGGAGGAGAAGAGGAAGAGGAGAAAAAAGAGAGUAGUGCUGAGGAGGAAGAGGAGGAGAAAGAGGAGGAGAGUAGUGAGGAAGAAGAGAGUGAAAAUGAGGAGGAAAGUGAAGAAGAGGAUGAAGAAGGAGAAGAGGUGGAAGAGGAGGAGGGGGAGGAGAGUGAAAAUGAAGAGCAGGAGGAGGAGGAGGAAGAAGAAGCAGAGGAAGAGAGUGCUGAGGAAGAGGCAGAAGAGGAAAAAGAGCGUGAAGAAGUGGCGGAAGAAGAAGAAGAAGCAGAGGAAGAGAGUGCUGAGGAAGAGGCAGAAGAGGAAAAAGAGAGUGAAGAAGAAGUGGUGGAAGCGGAGGAAGAAGAAGAGGAGGAGGAGGAUCAAAAAAGCAAUGAAGAGGCUGAGGAGGAAGAGGUUGAUAAAGAUGAGGAAGAGGAGGAGGAGGGUGAAGAUGAAGAGGAAGAAGAAGAAGAGGAGGAGGAAGAAGAGGAGGAGGAGGUUGUCAAAAAGAAAAAGUCUGCUAAAUCUAGAAGUAAACUCAGGUCAGGGGUCAAAGGUCAGGCAGCAGGCGAGUCAGAGGAGUUUUGGGAUGACGUGUUGCCGCAGUACCUCAACCUGAAAUAACACAAAUCCUUCAAAUGAUUCUUUAUUGAUCAAUCUGUCAAUAUUUUUCUCCAUUAAUUGAUUUUGUCUAUGAAACAUAAUCAGAAAUUCCAGGUGAGAGAUGUCUUGUUUUUUUAUUUCCACCAACAGUCCAAAACCCAGAGAUAUUUAGUUUACAAUGAUAAGAAGCCGAAAAAAGCAACAAAUCCUCUCAUUGAGAAGCUGAAACCAGAGAAAGUUUGGUGGUUUUGCUUCAUAAACAACGGUUAAACAGUUAAGCGCUUUGAUAGAAUUGUUGUUGAUAAAUUUGUACAUCUGUUGACUAAUUGAUUAAUCAACUAAUGGUUUUACCCCUUAAAUGACACAAUGCUGUAGAAGUAAUUCUGUUCAGUUUUCUGUGAAAAAAUAAGUAUUGUCAUCUGCGAAGAAAAUCACCUUUACACAUUUAUCAAAUAGAAACAAGGAGUCAGAGACAUAAACUGAACAUAAACUUUCUGAAAAACCGAGUCGAUUACUAUUACUAUUACACUAUUCAAUAUUGUUUAUAUUAACAAUGGAUCAAACGACUAAAUGUAAUGUGAAAGAUGUAGCUUGUAGUAUCAAACCCUCCAACUCUGCAACUCUACGGCGCUUUAUAGCAUCAUUCGGCUCAUUGUUUUGUUUUUACCCUCUGUACACUACCUGCUCAGCACCAAACAGCGGACACACACAGUUAGAGACUAGCUGGAGAAGAAAGUUGAACGUCUAGCAGCUUAAGAGACAGAUAUUUUUGUCAGAAGUUGGUGCUAUAUUGGACUUACAUUCAUCAGGUGGACACAAAUAGCUCAAAAUGAAUGCUAAUGUUGCUUCGUGUCUGCUGGAUGUUGUCGUAGGCAGCUGUUUGCUAACACGUUAACCAUAGCACGACUUUAUAAGGUUUAUAAUAUGUCAGUGUUGUGUUUACAGCUUGUUGCUGAAUCUCGAUUAACCUGAAGCUACAAUAACCUGUUUACAAGUUGGUACAUGUGGCUUAUAGUUUGGGGAGGUAGCAAGUCCAACACAAAGAACCAGAUCCCUGUGCUUUCUGCUACUGCAAGAACUUAACACACACAGUGCCUUUCUGCUCAUAUUUCUCCCAUUUUUAUUUCAUUAUCUCAUUCAUUUCAUUUCAUGUAAUUACUGCAUUUCUAAGUUGCUUUCUGAGCUGCUUCUCUCAUGUUUUAUUCAGAACUGUUUUUGUAAUUUCACGCAGCCUUCGGCCCUUGGAUACUGAGUUUUGCUUUUAAAGCCUUUGUUUACUUCUUUUUGUGGCAGCUUAAAAAUGGGUAAUAUUUGGGUUAAAGAAUAGUUUGUUUUCCCCUGCUGCCCAGAUUUAUCCUGCUAUGCUCAUAAUAUGCAGAACAGACAUUUUCUAUUGUGCUUUCUUCAAUUUGGCUCAGUAUUAUAGAAAAUUUUAAACACUAAUUCGCAUUGUCAUCGCAGUGAAGAGUAGGCAUUGCAGCCAUGGUAUGAUUGGUAUACAGUCAGUAUACAAGUAGUUUAAUAUUCUUCUGACAGGCUGCUUUAAUCUUUGGCAAAUUAAAGGAUUUACAUUUUUAUGUGGAAUUAUUCUUCUACCUACUUGUUUCUUCUUUCUACUUUCUUUUUCUGUUUAUAUUCAUUUCUGUGUUUGUAAUAAAUACUACGUGUUUUAUUUCA